AUGGCAGCCCUCCAGUGUGUAUCAGUCUUGUGCUGUGUGAAGGAGAGCGAGGGAUUGACCGGCAUCAUCUCUGUGCCCAAGCUGCUCCCUGAGUUCCCCCUCCUCCAGAGCUUCCUCAAGGUGACAUUUGACAUGAGGCUGGCAGUGUCUGCAGAUCGGCCUGCUGUCUGUGACAUGGUGAAGAGACUCGGUUGGAACACCCUUGCAGAUUACAUCCGAGCCAACUAUAACAUCAAAAACGUAAUCUACUUCAGCCACCACUGCUAUGAGGAGUACGGCAAAUGGUGUCACUUCGCCCUCAACCCCAUCUUCCAGCACUACGCCAAACACUUCCCGAAGCGGGCGCUGCAGCUCGCCCACAAAUCUUGCCUCUACUACCCAAUCUACCCCUCCUGCCACAGCCAGGGGAACUCCUGUGCCCGUUACCUGACCUCUGUCCUGAACUGCAUGGUCCCGGUGCUCCCACGACGCCAGAUUGUUUACCCCCUGGACGAGCUGGGCAUCAACACACCAUCCAAGCAGAUCACCAAGGACCAGGUGGGCACAGCAGCAGCUGUACAACUGGCCCCAGCUCGGCCCCUCCAGUUGAAAUGGUCUAGAACCGCCACUGGAUAUGAGACAGAGCUAGACCAUGGCUACUGUGACAGGGACCAUACCCAGCUGUCUCUCCGUUCCUGGAUCAACGUGGUGACGGGCAAGAGGGUGGGCAUCGACAGGGCAGUUAAGCACGUGCUGGUGUCUGGGGGCAGGAAGGUGCCCUAUGAUCACCUCAUCUUCUAUACAGGCCAGCAGUACCAGCUCUUCACUGACAAGGAGAAGAUUAGGCAGUCUUUGUUUGGUUGCCUUGCCCCCUUGUUGCCAAGUGACCUGAUCUUCCCCAUCCACGUAGCGUCUGACAACACCAUCGAUGUGUACACCUGUGUGGGGAUUCUGUUGAGCCUGGGUGUUGAAGGCUUUCGUAUCCACCUGCCCACUGAUGAAGGCUCUAGCUGCAGCCCCAGCUCAUGCUUCGGUAACCACACGGUGGAGAAGGCCUUGGAGAACAGUGGGGUCCAUGUUCACCACAACUGCUUUCUGGCCCAGAUGAAUGACAGGCAGAACCCUGAGUCAAUCACCUUCGUGUCCUUCACCAGUGACACUCAACCUCUCAGGCUGGAGUGCUCUUUAUUCAUGAACCUCUCCUCCAAAGGGGUGAACUACGAUGCCUUUCAGUCCAACAACAAUGCCUGUCUGGUGUACGAUGGUCGACUGGUCAUAGACACCACCUUCCAUACCAGCGACUCCACCAUCCGUGCCGUUAGGCCUCUGACCAAGUUUCCCCGGCACUACCACUCAGACCAGUGGUCCCACUCCAGAUUCAACUCCAGGGAGGUGGUCCAGGAGCUGGCUGCUAUUCUGCUGCCCUUCUUCGACCUAUCCCUGGAACCGGCAAUCAACCCUCCAGCCGACCUGGACGGCCUCAUCACCAACUACACACAGGCCAAGAUUUAA